CCAGCACCCUCGUGGCAUCUUCCAAUUUAUCUGGGAUGCCUGAGGAUGGCAUACCCACUGCUGUGGAAGAGCCUAUAUUCCUAAUGACGACAGCAGCUCAAGCCAUCUCAGGUUUCUUUGUGUGGACAGCUUUGCUUAUCACCUGCCACCAGAUCUACAUGCAUCUGCGCUGCUACAGUUGCCCCAAUGAGCAGCGCUACAUCGUACGGAUCCUGUUCAUUGUGCCCAUUUAUGCUGUCGACUCGUGGCUCAGUCUCCUGUUCUUCACCAAUGACCAGUACUAUGUUUACUUUGGCACUGUGCGGGAUUGCUACGAAGCUUUUGUAAUCUACAACUUCCUUAGUCUCUGCUACGAGUACCUUGGAGGGGAGAGUUCUAUCAUGUCAGAGAUCAGGGGGAAGCCUAUUGAGUCCAGCUGUAUGUAUGGGACUUGUUGUUUAUGGGGGAAGACGUACUCCAUUGGAUUCCUGAGAUUCUGCAAACAGGCUACUCUUCAGUUUUGUGUGGUGAAGCCCCUCAUGGCCAUUAGUACGGUUAUCCUUCAGGCUUUUGGCAAAUACCAGGAUGGUGAUUUCGAUGUCACAAGCGGGUAUCUGUAUGUGACAAUCAUUUACAAUAUUUCCGUCAGCCUGGCACUUUACGCCCUGUUCCUCUUCUAUUUCGCCACACGUGAACUACUCAGUCCAUAUAGUCCUGUCCUCAAAUUCUUCAUGGUCAAGUCUGUCAUUUUCCUGUCCUUUUGGCAAGGGAUGUUGCUGGCCAUUCUGGAGAAGUGUGGUGCAAUCCCUAAGAUCCAGUCCGCCAACGUCUCUGUGGGCGAGGGGACAGUGGCCGCUGGCUACCAGGAUUUCAUCAUCUGUGUGGAAAUGUUCUUUGCAGCCAUUGCUCUGCGUCACGCCUUCACGUACAAGGUUUAUGCAGACAAGCGUCUCGAUGCACAAGCUGUUCCGACAUAUGGGCCAUACGGCCGCUGUGCCCCCAUGAAGAGCAUCUCCAGCAGCCUUAAGGAGACCAUGAACCCCCAUGAUAUUGUGCAGGAUGCCAUCCACAAUUUCUCCCCUGCCUACCAACAGUACACUCAGCAAUCCACCCUAGAGCAUGGACCACCCUGGCGGAACGGCAGUCACGUCAUCUCGCGUUCCCAUAGCAACUCCGGUGCUCGUGACAACGAAAAGACCCUGUUGCUGAGCUCAGAUGAUGAGUUCUGAAGAACUUGAUGAAGCAUGUCACAACCUUUAUUUAUUAAACCGGAAACGCAAGUCAUAUCCCUUUUUAAAUGGUGCUGAAAGUCAGGAGGGGGCUCUUCCAGUCGCCAGUUGCAAACGCGGACCAUUUUGGCUAAGGCAGGU